AUGCCCUGUCGCAUACCAUCAAAGGGAAUUGUACAGAGUUUCAAUGGCGUGCUAGAGAACGGAGGGGGGGAGAGAAGGAGGGAGAAUUCGACGUCAGCGAGAAGUCGGAAGCUGCUGGGUGUCGUUGCCACAGACCUCCCCAUCAACGACCUCCUCAAGACCCUCCAGAGCAACGUGAUAGGAUCAAACAGUUACUGGUUUGCAAUCACAGACAAUGGUUACACGUUGUUCCAUCCCAACUAUCAUCCACUGUUGAAGGAAGCGGAGAGAAGGUCGGCAUACACUAUGGACUUGAAGCACAUGGAACUCCAUGACGUUGACAACCAGUUGCUCAUUGAGUUGUUCACUGAGUUGUUUACUGAGUUGUUCACUGAAUUGUUUACUGAGUUGUUUACUGAGUUGUUCACUGAGUUGUUCACUGAGUUGCUCACUGAGUUGUUUACUGAGUUGUUCACUGAGUUUUUUACUGAGUUGUUUACUGAGUUGUUCACUGAGUUGUUCACUGAGUUGUUCAAUGAGUUGUUCAAUGAGUUGUUCUUUCAAUUUGUUCACAGAUCCUCACCUUAUCCAACAAAUAUGGCAAAGUUUCGAUGA